AUGAUGAGGAAGCUUGUUGCUUUCGAAAUCCUAUUUGCUAAAAAACCACCGAUAUUUUUUUCUGGUCGAUCUGUUGAUGGUAUUGUGGUUGUUCAUGUAAGCCAAGAUAUCGAGAUUCGUAGUAUUCGAGUUCGAAUCUAUGGAGAAGCCAAUACAUGCAUUAGAAUGAGAAAUGGCAAUCCAUUCAUUAAUCAUGGCAAUGGUACUGUUGCGAUACAACCCGGUGGCGGCUAUUGCUAUAAUGAAAAAGAAGUCUACUUGGAUCGAUCCAUCAAUUUAUGGGGCAACAAUGAAGGUCAAACUAAUGGCAAUGACGCAUUUCUACCGGCUGGUCGUCAUGAAUUUGAAUUUAAUUUUUCUCUCUCGGCCGAAGUUAGGAUACCAUCAUCAUUUUCACUUCUUAGUCAAUGUAGUAUUCGUUAUGUCGUGAUAGCUAGCAUAGAUCGAACUGGAAAAUCCCCUCGAAUCAUCAAACGACCAAUAGCCUUGUUAGAAUCGAUCAGUAUCGAUAGGCCUGCUUUAAUUCAACCACCUUGUCUUAAAGAAAAUGAAACCAUUUUAUGCUGUUGUUGUUGCCAGUCAGGCCCGAUUAAGCUCAGAGCUGGUAUCGAUAGAAGCGGCUAUUGCCCCGGUGAAAAGAUUAUCAUCGAUGCUGAAUGUGAAAAUUUAUCAUCUAGAAGAUUAAGUAGCAUCCGAAUUACGCUGAUUCGUCACGUCCAUUGGAAGGCAAAAGGUAUUCAUUGCUACAGAAGUUUUAUAUGUUAUGAAACACAAUCGAAUCAAUCAAUUGGACCGCAGGAGACUUAUAAAUGGAAUGAUCGAUUAUCUGCUCUUCCUGCUCUUCCUCCGACAAUUAAGAGUUGCCGGUUUAUAUCUGUAACUUAUCAACUAAAGGCAACAGUCGUAAUUCCUUAUGAUGAAAAUAUACAAGUAACCUUUCCAGUCGUGAUUGGUACAGUUUCUGCAAGACUACAAGAUCGUUAUGCUCAAAACCUUCAAGAAAUCGAUUCCAAUUUGUGUCCUGAGCCUUCAUCAUCAACGAUUACUGAAGCAGAAAAUGCGUAUUUGGCUUUACCACCUCCUAGCUAUGAAGAAUGUGUGAAUAACAGUGUCGAUUUAAGUCAAGUUGAUGAUUCAAGCUUUAUUAUCGAAGAUGAAAGUAGCUCAAUACCUACCGAAGUGGCAUUAUAG